AUGGCCGCCGCCGACAUGGACAUCGACUUCACCCGCCGCAACAAGAAGCCCCGUCUGCUGUCCGACUCGGAGCGCGAGAAGCUCGACGAGUAUCUGGAUUCGAUUCAUUAUUCUUCGCGCUACUCCGACGACCACUUCGAAUACCGCCACGUCCAACUCCCCAAAACCAUGCUCAAAGCCAUCCCCAAAGACUACUUCGACGGCAGCCGCGGCACGCUCAAACUGCUGUGGGAGGACGAGUGGCGAGGCCUGGGCAUCACGCAGAGUCUGGGGUGGGAGCAUUACGAGGUGCAUGAGCCGGAGCCGCAUAUUCUGUUGUUCAAGUGA